AUGGCAAACCAACAACUUCCUCACACGCGUCUUGUCGACAAUGUUCUACGGUAUCCGAAAUCGGGCAUCAAUGUUUUGGUUGUUGGAGCAGGCCCUAGUGGUCUCCUGGCAGCGAUUGAGUGCUGGCGUAAAGGAGAUAUCUUGGCUUUGGGCCCCUCUGCAGUUGCCGUCUUUCGUCACUUUCCAAGUCUACUCCAAGAUUAUUACGAUGUGGGACUUGAUUGCGAAUCAGUGGUCCUUCACAUUGAUGGCAAGGUCGCAGUGCCGCCAAUGGAAUUUGAGCCCAACCGCCCCGGAGUCGCGCCACAUGCUGCGUUUCCCAUUCGCAGCAAUACCAUUAUUGGCCGCUACGACAUGACCAACAUACUUUAUAAACAGUGCGUGCGACUCGACAUUCCCAUCCGGUGGAAUGUGCAAAUUGCGAGCUACGAAGAAGAUGCCGUCAGUAAAAAGGGCCGAGCCAUUGCCACCGACGGUACCGUCUUUGAAGCGGAUCUCGUACUCGCAGCGGAUGGGCUGGGGUCGAGGUCUCAUGCCCUCACACUUGGAAAGCCAGUGAGAGCUGUCAGCACUGGCUACUCCAUCUACCGCGCGGCAAUUUGGACGGAAGAUCUCACAGACACGCCCCUGAUUGAUCAAUACUUGAAGGAACAGACGAGACCACAAGCUCGAAUCUACGCGGGGCACAAUCAACAUAUUGUCCUUGUUGUUUCCAAGAGACUGGUUUCCAUUGCCAUCACUUUGCCCAAUGAUAUUCAAGGGCAAGCCCUCGAAUCGUGGUCCACGACAAUUUCCACUGAGGAGCUAAUCAGCUCGCUACCGGCUCCCGACUAUGAUCCACUGUUCCUCGAGGCACUCAGGGCUUUUCCAAAGAAUAGUGUGGUCAAAUGGGAUUUGUGUAUGCGCGAUCCGCAGCCGCAUUGGACGUCCAAGGAGGGCCAUGUCCUACAACUCGGUGAUAGUGCGCACAGCUUCAUUCCCACUUCUGCCAACGGUGCGACCGUGGCCAUGGAAGAUGGCGCUUCCAUUGCCGAGUGUCUACGUCUCAGUGAUAAAGCUGGCCCUCACUUGGCAGCCAAAGUUCAUGAACUUCUCCGAUUCGAGCGUGUCAGUCUUAUUCAGCUCAUGGGUCUAGUCAACCGCGCAAACUUUCACCGCGAGGGCCAUGAAGAGGCCAAGCAGCUGCAAUCGCGAAUUGUGCAAGGCAAGUGGCUCUGGGGCCACAGGUCCGAGGAAUACGCCGCGGACAACUUUGCCCGCGCCGCCGCUCAUCUGAUCUCGGGGGUGCCGUUUCAAAAUAGAAAUGUUCCUCCUGGAUAUGUCCACGAGGGAUGGACUUUGGAGGAUCAGAUUGCACGGGAGAAGCAGGGCAUUGUGGUCGAUUUGACCAAGAACGGUGACUGGUCUCUGGUAUAA